AUGAUGUUGUUUAUAAUAAAUAGAGUAAAGGAUAUUGAAGGUGGUGUGUGUCGUGCCCCCGCCCCUUGGGCGAUAGCUAGUCGCGAGCGAGCCCCGCUCCUCCGCCGGCGCCGGGCGGUGUCGGUCUCUUCUCUCAGCUCUGUUUCAGCAAUAAGCGCCGCCGGAGGAUCGUCGGGCCAGGGCGCCGCGGGCGCUACCCUCGCACGCGCUCGUCGCGCCCUACCUUAUUAA